AUGACCAAAUCGCAGAGCCGUUUUGGAGGCGUCUGGAUUCAGAACGUCAAAUCCUUGCUUACUGAAGACGGUCAAUUCUACCUUGACAGAAAUGAGUCGAUUAUCUAUUUGAAACCAUUGGAAGGCGAAGAUAUGGCUACCGCAACUACCUAUCUUGGGAUCGAAGAAGUCCUCAUGGUCGUUGGAGGAACCUAUAAAGAGCCAAUUCACGACUUGCACUUUAAAGGAAUUACUUUCAAGCACAGCACUUGGCUAAGGCCAGAUACUUAUGGCUACGUAGAUCAGCAGACUGGUGGUUACAUGGGAAAUGAUAGUCUGUGGCCUAAUUUUGAAGCUUCGAGGCCCCAUUGGUGGCAGAUGCCUAGCGCGAUUCAAGUCAGCGUGGCAUACAACAUCACCAUAGAGUCUUGUACUUUUCGAGAGCUUGGAGCUGGAGGCAUCGGUGUAGGAAAUGACAAGAAUGCGCACUUGACGGGCGUUGGGCUCGGGGUGAAUAACAUUCAUAUUGACGACAAUUAUUUCACACAGGUGAUGGGGAAUAGUAUCACCGUUGGGGGUAUACAAGCCGAUGCACACCACCCAUCGCAGCCGCAGAUGCUUGUGUCAAACAUUCACGCCUCCAACAACAUUUUCAAUAACAAUUCAGUCCUGUGGUCAUCCACCGUCCCCAUUCUUUUUACAUACACGCAAUUCUCUUCCAUAACACACAACGAUGUUUAUAACCAGCCAUAUAGCGGUAUUUGUCAUGGUUAUGGCUGGGGAAGCAAUGAUGAAGGAGGGAGCCCGGAGUACGUCCAGCGGGGCCUUUAUAAAUACCAGCCGAUCUAUGAAACACCCACGGUUAUGAAGAACAAUUUGAUUGAGGGAAAUUUGAUCCAUCAUUUUGGUCAAUCUCAUACUGAUUUUGGAGGCGUGUACACGCUAUCAAGGUCGCCAAACACAACGGUGUCAUCUAACUUCAUUUAUGACGCACGGUGGCAAGCCCUAUACCCUGAUGAAGCCUCAAGAAAUAUCACCUGGUUCAACAAUCUGGGGUUCACCUCAGGAAAGUAUUAUGCUCCCAACGAUUGGAUACCAGAACAGCUCACCGGAUGGAACACUGUAAUUGAUAACUGGGGUAAGCUCGGAGUCAUAGACAACGAGGUCCUAGAUGGGUUCCCAAAUCAUUCUGGAAGGCGCAACAACAAGUUCCUACGAAACUACCUUGCGCCCCAUGCAAAUGGAACAAGCCCCAUAGCACAGCGAGCUGCAUAUCGUGCAGGGGUUAUCCCGUCAAAACGCAAAGGAAGGCCCGUCACAAACGAUCCAAAUAUCGCGGAUGCCUACUUGGAUGUCAAAGUCAGCGAUAGACAUGUCGUUGUUAAUGUGACUAACUUUGACGAUUUGGACUUCAGAGACGUUGUUUUCCGUAUCUCGGGCCGUGGUAUCACGCGGCGGUGUAUACUUUUUCUGGUUCCCCAAAGGGAAACGCCACCGCCUGGGUGA